AUGAACAGUGACAACAGGGUCACCGCUAGCAAUAUCAACACCCACAACGGAGUCAACACUGGUAUUAUGAACACCAACAACGGAGUCAACACUGGUAUUAUGAACACCAACAACGGAGUCAACACUGGUAUUAUGAACACCAACAACGGAGAAAACAGCAGCAAUAUGAACAGUGACAACAGGGUCACCACAGGUAAUAUCAACACCCACAACGGAGUCAACACUGGUAUUAUGAACACCAACAACGGAGAAAACAGCAGCACUAUGAACAGUGACAACAGGGUCACCACUAGCAAUAUCAACACCAACAACGGAGUCAACACUAGUAUCAUGAACACCAACAACGGAGAAAACAGCAGCAGUAUGAACAGUGACAACAGGGUCACCGCUAGCAAUAUCAACACCAACAACGGAGUCAACACUAGUAUCAUGAACACCAACAACGGAGAAAACAGCAGCACUAUGAACAGUGACAACAGGGUCACCACAGGUAAUAUCAACACCCACAACGGAGUCAACACUAGUAUCAUGAACACCAACAACGGAGAAAACAGCAGCAAUAUGAACAGUGACAACAGGGUCACCACAGGUAAUAUCAACACCCACAACGGAGUCAACACUAGUAUCAUGAACACCAACAACGGAGAAAACAGCAGCAAUAUGAACAGUGACAACAGGGUCACCACAGGUAAUAUCAACACCCACAACGGAGUCAACACUAGUAUCAUGAACACCAACAACGGAGAAAACAGCAGCAGUAUGAACAGUGACAACAGGGUCACCGCUAGCAAUAUCAACACCAACAACGGAGUCAACAUUGGUAUUAUGAACACCAACAACGGAGAAAACAGCAGCAAUAUGAACAGUGACAACAGGGUCACCGCUAGCAAUAUCAACACCCACAACGGGGUCAACAUUGGUAUUAUGAACACAAACAACGAAGAAAACAGCAGCAAUAUGAACAGUGACAACAGGGUCACCGCUAGCAAUAUCAACACCAACAACGGAGUCAACAUUGGUAUUAUGAACACCAACAACGGAGAAAACAGCAGCAAUAUGAACAGUGACAACAGGGUCAUCGCUAGCAAUAUCAACACCCACAACGGAGUCAACACUAGUAUCAUGAACACCAAAUACGUGCAAACAACCGCAACAACACUAGUAACAAGGGUUAAACAACAGCAGAAAUACCAAAAAACAACAUAA